GAAUUGAUUGCCUCAUCUCGCUAUUCUGUGAUGUUGGUCUGUAAGAUUCUUUCAAACGUUUUCAAUUUGGCUGCGCGGUGUCGAGGAGUUUGUGGUUGAAGUAGGAGUGAGGAGUGAGCCGUGGCGAGUCGACUUCAAGUAUUCAGCGCGUGAUUCCUUUUGGUUUGAAGGUGGAGGAGUGAGCAUAGUCUGCUGUAGUUGAGUCGGGGAAGAGAAUUGGGAAUUGGAAAAUUGCAGAGCAUUUGCGGUGUGCAUUGGUUCUGUAGAAUUCCCUCGGAUUUCAUGUUUUUGGUUCUCACAUUGGCGGUCAAUUGUGACAACUAUCAAUAUCGGAUUCUGUGUCGAACGUGCCAGGUGGAUUGGAACGUCGUGGCAUUCGCUUGAUGAGUCGAAGUGGAUGUUGAAGUCCCGGACGAUAGAUAGUUGAUUGUGUUGACAAAGCGUACUGGGAACGGGGGUUUGGGAUGGAGUGAGCGUCGCAUUCGUCCUGAAAUAGCAUCUGCGGGAUUGUGAGGAUGUGUGACGAUUCUCCAGUUAUGAAGUUGUUCGCUUCGAAAGGGGCAAGUUCACCGCCUCUUGAGAGCGGAUCGGGUAUGGAAAGCAGGGCUCCUUCGUCGCCAAAUUUGGGGAGACCUAGGAACAAUGCUACUGAAGCUGCUCAUCAGCAACUGCAGCAGCAAAAUGGGCUUCCAACGUUCAUCCGACCCUUACACCCAAGGGUUGAAGAAGUACUAGAUGCUGCCACUUUUCUCAGAACAUAAACGGCGUUGAAAAUAUUACGAUCUUUCUGCCGGGUAUGCUAGAGAUUGAGUUCCCUGGUCUUUCCACUCCUAAGAUUCCAACAGAGUAGGCGUUUGGGUGGAGCAACACCUGACAUGGAGCUCAGCAUCAGGGGGAGUGUAUUUAUAUCCCCUGUUUUAUCUGUCGGGUUAAGUUGUCUCCUGCGUCUUCGGUCCCUUACAAGUCAUUUCGCCCCUACUGGGUCCCUACUCAUUCGGUAGAAUAUUCUAACUAUAAAGCCGCCCUCGGGAUUUGUAGUCAAAAAAGACCUGUGUUUGGUGGAGAGAAUUCUCUCGCACCCACGUUGUAUCCGUUGUCGCGGUCAUUGAACUACGGCUUUGGAUUCCUUGCGCGUUUUGAAGCUUGCUCUUCAAGAGCUCCUCUUUCAUGACCACUGGCGAAGUUAACAGGAGGGACUGACACUAGAAUUCUGGAUUCUCCUCGUUGAUGAAUCUUCUUGCGGCUCUUCUUCUUAGUUUGUUUUUUUAUCAUUAGAACCGUUUGAUGAGCACGAGGACGUUCCACGGCUACCUAUGAUGGGCAGAUAGAUUUCGAAGUCUUCGCGUGGGUUACCUAUAGUCAUACAAGCGUGCGAGAUAUAUAUUCCUUAUCAAAUUUCUGGAGGCUGCUUUGUUGAGAGCCUGGCGGAGCGGUCCUCUAUCCAUCCUCCGACGAAUUCAAACCAUGAUUGCAUCUGUAUUUUUAGAACUGGACACUUAGUUAUCACCACACGGAUUCAAUUUUCCCAUUCAUGUAGACUAUUGUAUUUCGAGCUGCACGCGUUUAUGAGGAAUCUAAAUGAUGGUACCAUUUAACGGUUUCGCUUAUCUUGCUUCACUCGUAAGACCUGCUUUCAGCGUUCCGCUUGCCAGGGAUUUGGUGUUUUUGAGAUUUCAACAUUAGGCAGCACCCAUUUUUUAGUCAUAAUGAUGGUUGGAGAGCAAUAAUUGUGUUACCAGAGCUUCGACGUUGAAAAGAAUUUGAGUUCGAAUGACAAUCAUUGCUGAGACUGCCAGGACCUUCAAGUCCGCCCAUGGACCUUCCUCUUCAAAUUUUGUGGGGCGGAGGCCCCCUUCCACUAUGGGUGCUGGGUCACUAAAGCAUCAUCCUAGAGAUUCAGGGCUUGAACUGAACAAUCAAUUUUCAGAUACAGCAUCCUCAGCGUCCUCCACCUGCUCAGACCCCAGCAUUCCAUCUUGCGCAAGUACCAGCCUGUGCUCGGGCUUUACCACAUCUUGCAAGACAGGAUCUGACAGUGAUUCUGCUUCAAGCACUCCCAGGACAACUCCCAGUAAAGUUAUUUCUUGUCAAGAAAAGCCCGGGCAAGCAAAUUCUACUGCCAAAAUCCUGAAAAACUCAAAUCCACUGAAAGAUCCUCAUCGGAACGUAUCAACGUUUGAGCUUCAAGAGGACCCGGAAUUUUGGAAUGAUCACAAUGUGCAGGUUCUAGUUCGCACCCGCCCCGUGAGCAGCUCAGAGGCAUCAGGGCAUUGUUUUGGCAGAUGUGUUAGACAAGAUGGUCCGCAUACCAUUACCUGGCUGGGUCAACCUCAGACUCGUUUCUCUUUUGAUCAUGUUGCGGGCGAGUCGAUCACGCAGGAGGAUCUUUUCAGAGUUGCUGGUGCUCCAAUGGUGGAGAAUUGCAUGCGAGGUUUCAAUAGUUGUAUGUUUGCCUAUGGCCAAACAGGGAGUGGCAAGACUUACACAAUGUUAGGUGACAUUCAUGAUCUUGGUUACCGGCCAAGCCCGCAGCGUGGGAUGGCUCCUCGCGUCUUUGAGUACUUGUUUUCCAGGAUUCAACAAGAAGAGAAACUUCGGGAACUGGAGCAGUUAAAAUUUUCGUGCAAAUGCUCAUUUCUUGAGAUCCAUAACGAGCAUAUCACGGAUUUACUGAACCCAACGUCCACCAACUUACAGAUUCGAGAAGAUAUCAAGACUGGAGUAUACGUCGAGAAUUUGAAACAGAUUGAGGUCAAAACUGUGCAUGAUGUGGUUCAGCUACUCAUUCAAGGAGCUUCCCACAGGAAAGUUGCGGCCACCAACAUGAACAGCGAGAGUAGUCGUUCUCAUAGUGUUUUCUCCUGCACUGUAGAAAGCAGGUGGCAGUCUGAUUCCUUGUCCAAAGUCCGAGUUGGCCGCUUGCAUUUGGUUGAUCUUGCCGGAUCGGAAAGACAGAGCUCUUCAGGAGCUGAAGGUGAUCGUUUAAAAGAAGCUGCUAAUAUCAACAAAUCUCUUUCAACCCUUGGGUUGGUCAUUAUGACACUCGUAGAUAUUGCACAUGGAAAGCAGCGGCAUGUUCCUUAUCGUGAUUCAAAGCUCACUUUCCUUCUGCAGGAUUCACUUGGUGGAAAUUCUAAAACAACAAUCAUAGCCACAAUUAGUCCUGCGAAUGGAAGUGCGCUGGAGACCAUGAGUACACUAAAGUUUGCUCAGCGAGCGAAAUUAAUUAAAAACAACGCUCAUAUCAAUGAAGAUUCCUCAGGAGAUGUGAACGCUCUGCGUCGUGAAAUCCAGCAGUUGAAGGAAGAACUGAAGCACCUGAAAUGCCAGAAUGUAUCGGCUAUUCUUCCAUUGGAGAAUGAUCACCCCCAUGUGGCAUCUUCGAGCCCCACCCCUGGAAUAGGCUCAAACAAUCUAUUGCACAAGAUUAGGACUAUUGAGGCUACGCUUUCUGCUGCCUUGAGAAGAGAGCACCAGGCACAAUUAGAAGCCAAGCGAUAUGCCGCCAUUAUCGACCAACUGCAUACUCUGAUGCAACAGCGUGAUCAGAACACCCAGAAUGGUAGAUUGAUUCUUCGCUUCAGAGACGAGAAGAUACGCCGAUUAGAAGCGGUCGUAGGUGGACAGUUACCCGUGGAUAACUAUCUCAUUGAAGAGAACAAACGACUUGUCCAAGAGCUCGAACUUGUAAGAGCGCAGGUUGAACGUAAUCCAGAGCUUACCCGGUCAGCUACGGACAAUAUUCGACUUUUAGAGCAAGUCCGAGGAUUUCAAGUAUUUUAUGAACAGGGAGAGCGUGAAUCGAUGAUUACAGACAUUGCAAAUCUUAGAGAUCAGUUGUUGGAUACAACAAGAACAAAGCUCGCCUUAGAACAGGGAGCGCUUGCCCUUUCGAGUGCACAGGCUAGCAAGUACCGCAAGGAGUUGGAGAUAUGCUGUAACGACCUAAGCACCUGUUUGGAGAUAAACUCGACAUUGACUAGACAAGUGGAGCAGCUGACAUCACAAGUUGCUCAGCUUAGUGCGCGCUGUCAAGAGCAGCAGCAAGAUCUGGAUUUUCUCAAGACCCAACCAGUGGGAUGCCUCGAGGAAUUGGAGUUAGAAAGGUCCGUACACUUGCAAAUCAUCGAAGACUUGAAAACUCAGCUUCACGUUCAGCAGAAGGAGCGCGAAGAGUCUAAACGAAAUGCUACUGAAGAUGAUAUUAAGAACGUUGUCCAGGACAAACACACUGUACAUCACGUUCAGGCUGAAGACCAGACUCAGGUGCAACGAAAGGUUGUUGUAAAUCCAGAGCCUGAACCUUAUGUUGAAGACUUCGCGACUGUUCUAGAUUCCUUGUUCGAUGAAGACAUUGAACAACUUUCAGUCUUUGAUGUGAAGCAAGCAGCAAUGGAGACAGAGUUUGAGACGUUUUCAGAGCUGAUGAGAGCCAAAGAGUCGCUCUUGGACGAAGAUCUUGAGAAAAUAGACGUAUCCACUAAGCGUCAGAGUUUGGAGACAGAGUUUGAAGCUUAUUCAGGGAUUCUUGAUAAAAAUAAAUCUUGCUUUUCUGAAAAGUUCAUCGACCGUGAUGUCUCCGCCGAGACCUUAGAGAUGGCUUCUCGUACUGAACUAUUCACUGAGCUUAUGGAAGGAGAAGAGAAGCUAUUAAGGGACAGCUUGGAGCAACUUAAUAUUAAUGCAGAUGUAGUGUCUUUACCAGAGAUCCACAAACCCAGCAGGUCGGAAUUUUUAGUCAAUGGAGUUCAUGAAGAUUUAGUACUUAUUCCAAAGCCUGAGAAUCUCAGAUGUAGUUCAUUUUUAUAUUGAACAUUAAGAAGUUAAAUCCCUUCUUCCAACAAUAUCUUAUUGGUUCAAAGUAUAAUUCAUCUAAUAGACCACAAAAUACUUUGGUUGGAUAUUUUAAGAAACCAA